UGGGUGCGACGAAUGUUAAAAAAAAGAAAAAACCGCUAAAAGAUUACUACCAGUACCGGUACCAGACCAGUUGGGGAGUAUAGCCAGUGGAAUUGGGAACAUGAUUUCGAGCUUCCUCAGCAUGGCGUCAUCUCCUCUAACAUUCGCUCCCACUCCUCGUCUCUCUCCUGUUCCUCCUCACACUCUCCCUUCCAUAACCCAAAUCAAGAAUCUGUGGGGUCGUCGAGUUCUGAUUCAGCUCCGUGUCAAGUGCUUAACGGAACCCAGUAGAGAUUUGGAAGCCGAAGCUGAGACGAGGUCGUCGUCUUCUUCGUCAUCGCCCUUAUCCUCUUCUUCUGAUUCUUCGGGCAUUUCCACGUACAGUUGGUGUGCAGGGUUAGGCGGGAUUGGGUUGGUGGAGACCAGUUAUUUGACCUACCUUAAGCUCACCAAUUCUGAUGCCUUUUGCCCUAUCGGCGGCGGUACUUGCGGCGACAUACUCAACAGUGACUACGCCUCCGUUUACGGUGUUCCUCUUCCAUUGAUUGGGAUGUUUGCAUAUGGAUUUGUUACAAUAUUUGGUAUACAGUUGGCAGGAAAGAAUUUUCCUUUCAAGAUGGAUGAAAAUAAUGCUCGGUUGAUUUUACUUGGAAGCACUACCUCCAUGGCUGCUGCCAGUGCUUACUUCUUGUACAUUCUUAGCACAAAAUUUGCAGGAGCAUCUUGUUCGUACUGUUUAUUGUCGGCUUUGUUAUCGUUCAGCCUUUUUUUUACCACCCUAAAGGCUUUUGGUUUGCAAGAAAUUCAAAAGGUGGUGGGUCUACAGCUCUGCUUAGGUGGAUUGGUGAUUGCUUUGUUAAGCACCUCGUAUAAUACUUCUCAAUCUGUCCCAGUAAGUUCUGCUGAGCUUGAUCUGCAACCAUUUACAACUGAGAUUACAAGAGAAUCAAGUCCUUUGACUCUUGCUCUAGCAAAGCAUCUAAAUUCCAUUGGAGCUAAAAUGUAUGGGGCUUUCUGGUGUUCGCAUUGUCAAGAACAAAAGCAGAUGUUUGGACGUGAAGCAGCGAAGUUGUUGGACUAUGUCGAAUGCUUUCCCGAUGGAUAUAGAAAAGGAAUUAAAAUAGCCAAGGCAUGUGCAGAUGCUAGAAUUGAAGGGUUUCCAACAUGGGUAAUUAAUGGUGAGGUUUUGAGCGGAGAGCAAGAAUUGGCGGAGCUUGCCAGAGUAUCUGGGUUCAAACUUGACGAUUUUGUUCAACUAAAUUGAAAGAUUUAUUUAAAAAUCAUAGUGGAUGUACAGCUCCUAGGUAAUGUACACGGUAACAUCCUGGCUUCGUAUUUCAUAGCCAACAAAAAUGUAAGAAAAACAUGUAAUUGUUCUCUGCAAUUUUUUUGGCAAAAGGAUGAGGAAAGAGAGGGAAAGGUUUCUUCUGCCUUCUUCUUUGUUAAUGAAGUGCAGGUCUUAACAAA